AGUGCCAUCAAAAAUUGCAGAUGUUCAGGGGUCAAGAAAAUUGUAGAGAAGAAUUUAGUGAAAAUUUGCAGUUUAAAAUUAAUUAAGCAAUGUUUUACCAAUGUUAGUGAGCUAUCUGCCUCUAGUUAGAUUUUCUAAAGUGAAGUGUGAGUGGUACUGCGUGAAGAAAAGAACUAGGGAAACGUGUUAAGGUGUGUGAGAAAAGUGGUGCGUCAGUGAUUGGAGUGUGUAGGACAAAUUUUCGUAGGUUUAUGAGUGGAAAAUCAAUAGAAAGGAAAUAUUGUAGUGAUUUGUGCAAGAAGACAAAUAAAUUGUCUGGAUUUGUGCCAUUGAGUGGAUUUGUCUGGAAGUGUGAAAAAGGGGUGGUUUUCCUCUGUUUCACGUCAACAAAUUAUGACUGCUGAAGUGAUGGAAACGUGUUUGGAUCCAGUACUCUCGAGACUUGUUACAUCACUCAAAGAGGCAGAAAGUUUAUCUGGUGAGCAGGAUUUGGGCUUCCUGCAGACACUUCUCGAGUCAAAGGAGCUCAAUGCACUCGUCAAUGUUCACAGCAAGAUAGCAAAAAUUGGCAAAGAUGACCGAGUUGCACCGCUUCUCUCAUCAUCAAUGCAGGUGGCUCUCGAAGUGCUAGAACAAUUAGCACCUCGUUGUCACAUCUCACCACUCUGCAAAGAAGUCUUCCAUCUGCUUCAAACACCUCAUUUGCAGAGUCUCCUUUUUGCACAUGACUCAAUCGCAAAGAAGGACUUUUAUCCUCAUCUUCCUGACAUACCCAUGGAAGUGGAUGAGGAUGAAGAGACAAUUAAAAUUGUUCAACUUGUAAAAAAUAAUGAACCAUUGAGUGGAGCACAAAGUGCGGAACCAAUUGUAGGUGCCACAAUUAAGACGGACGAUGAGACGGGAAAGAUCGUAAUAGCCAGAAUAAUGCAUGGAGGAGCGGCUGAUCGAUCGGGAUUGAUUCAUGUGGGUGAUGAGGUUAUUGAGGUGAAUGGGAUUAAUGUUGAGGGGAAAACACCGGGAGAUGUCUUGCAAAUUCUCCAAAAUUCUGAAGGGACCAUAACGUUCAAAUUAGUGCCGUCUGAUGGAAAAAUGGGUCAGAGGGAAAGUAAAGUUCGCGUUCGUGCUCAUUUCGACUAUGAUCCAGAGAGUGAUCCCUAUAUUCCGUGUAAGGAAGCAGGACAGGCAUUUCAACGAGGUGAUAUUCUUCAUAUUGUCGCCCAAUCCUCCUGUCAGGAUGAUGCUUUCUGGUGGCAAGCUCGAAAAGAGGGUGACCGUAAUGCAAGAGCAGGCCUCAUUCCCAGCAGAAAUCUUCAGGAACGUCGCAUUAUUCACGAAAGGAAUCAGAUGGAGAAGAAUAAAGAUCCCAAAGAAGGCUCAUGUGCAUCCAUCUGCUCGACCCCACCCGGUUCCCCAAACCCCAAUUCAUGUCGAGGACCUAAGACUAAAAAGAUUAUGUACGACGUAGCGGAAAAUGAUGAUUUUGAUCGGGAGAUGAUUGCAACGUACGAGGAAGUGGCCAAGCUGUACCCUCGACCAGGUGUCUAUCGGCCCAUUAUCCUAAUUGGCGCACCCGGAGUUGGACGGAAUGAGCUGAAAAGGCGUCUCGCAGCGAGGGAUCCAGAGAAAUACCGCACUCCAGUACCAUACACUACCAGACCCAUCAGGACAGGGGAAGUACCUGGACGCGAGUACAUCUUCAUCCCGCGUGACAAAAUGGAAGCUGACAUCCAGGCUGGGAAGUUUAUUGAGCAUGGCGAAUACAAAGGACAUCUCUAUGGCACUUCAGCUGAAAGUGUCCGAAGCAUUGUGAAUGCUGGCUGCGUGUGCAUCCUCAGUCCACACUACCAGGCCAUUAAGGCUCUGCGGACGCCACAGCUGAAGCCCUUCAUCAUCCACGUGAAACCACCGACAUUUGAGCAGCUCAAAGAGACACGAGAAGCCGCCCAUGCCCGAUCUACCUUUGACGAAACCAACUCUCGAGGAUUUUCUGAUGAAGAACUUCAGGAUAUGAUAAAAUCAGCUGAGAAGAUAAAUUUCCUCUAUGGCCAUUUCUUUGAUGAUGAAAUUGUCAAUGAUGAUCUCGCAACAGCCUUCGAGGCUCUCGUACAAUUGGCUCAAAAGUCUGAAUGUGAACCUCUCUGGGCACCAGCUACUUGGGUUCAGUAGAAAGAUAAGGAUUGCAAAGGAUGAGAGAUACUUUCAGAAGAGAGAUCACGAAAAUGAUUGAAAAUUGUUUCUAAAGAGUUAUCUUCAGUUUUCAAUUUUGACCCUUCACCAGAAAAAAAAGAAGACUCACAAAAAGGAGACACUGAAGCCGACAAGGUAAAAAAAAAAUAUUUUGAAAAAUAAAUGAAGCAUAAAAAAAUAUUUAUGUAAAUUUGUAUAAAGAAAAAGAAUUGAACAAUUGAUGGGUCAGAUAAAUUAUUUUUUCGUGAAUUAGAAAGAAUGAAAAAGAAUUGUAAAAAAAAACAAGAGAACUCUUAAUCUAAAUAAAAAUUGACGAUAUAUUUUUUGUAAAUAUUUUCUCACAGCUUUAAUGCCUUUUCCAUCCCAUUUAAAUAAAAUGAAAAAUUAACAAAAUUUUGAGAAUCACUUUUGGGUGAUUCUUGAGAGAAAUUCAACGCGAGAGAGAUUUUCGUUCGCGCUAAUGAGUUCUUUUUAGCUAUUUUUUAUUCUAGUCUUCAAAAUAAAUUUUUUGAAAAAUUACAUUUAGAAAAUAAAAUUAGUUAAUACUGCAACACUUAAGCUUAUGAUUUUUGAACCACGGAAAAUUCAUCCAUUUUUGGAUUAAAAAAAAAUCCUUUUGAAAGGAAAAUUUAUUAAAAAAAAGGUAAAGUUGCACUCACUGCCAUUAAAUUCGACACAAAGCGAGUUAAUUUUUUUCUCGCUUUUGAAAAGAAAAUAAAAUAUAAUGAUUAUUGAAAUUAACACAUGAGAUAAUAAUUAAAAUUUUAAGAAUAGUGCAAGUUUGCAGUUGUUGAGUUUCUAUUUUAUGAAUAAACCAAAAAAAUGUAAAGAAUUAUUGUGAGACAAGAAAAUCUACCAUGACCUUUUUGAAUUAAAUAAAAAAAAAACCCAGAAAACUCUUUUAAAUAAAAAAAAAACCUAUUGAGAAAUGAAAAAUUUCAGCAAUAUUUAGAAGACACAAAAAGAUAAGAAUUUUAUUGUGAAUUAUCUUUAAAAAAAAAAGAAGAAAAAAGUAACUUGCAUUUCUCUUUUCACUCUUUACUCUCUCCAUUACAAAAUAAAAGAGCUAAAUAAAAAAAAACACAAAAAUAUAUAUACAUAAAUAUAAAAACAAUCUAUUUUGAGACAUAAACAUUAAUUCAAUUGUGCAACAAUAUUGAUAAAAACUGAAUCUCUUUCCGUUCUUUGAAAAAAAAAAAGCAACAAAUUAGAUUCAUAAAAAAAUGUAAAAGUUAUAAAAGGAGAAUGAACAGAGAUUAGAAUGAAUUUUAGUGAUAAAUCUCGUGUAAAAAAAUAUAUAUAAACAUGCAAAAUAUACAAAGUAAAAGACA